CCUUGUUUGAAGCCCACAUUGCAUAGACGGUAUAAGAAAAAGCAAGUUCCGGAUCCAUGUGGUCUGGAAUGCUCAGCUGCGUGCCCUAGCGCUUCCGAUAACGCCAUGCCUGCCCGAAGACGCACGCGUUGGGCGAGCUGGGGGGCACUUGCGGGUACAAUAUGUAAAUGCCGACACCCCGACCAUUUGCUGACAUCUGGUUCUAUUGUGUUGGCCCUAGUGAUGCAGAUGCAGUUCGCAGCAUCUUGACUUUGAACCCCUGCUCCUCUCAGCAGAGUCCCGCAGCUGCAGUCUUGGUCACCGUCGCCACCGUCGGACCGAAUGACUGGACAAUGGGCCUCACUUACAGGCGUCUUGACCCGUUGAAGCGAGAGAUCCGGCUGCUCGAGAUACACUCGGCUCGCAACAUCACCGAUACCGUCGAAUGCCGACUCGUUACCCUCCGCCUCACCGAAGACCUCGAGUACAUAGCCCUCUCCUCUCUAUAUGGAGACGCAUCCGAAACCGACAAGAUCGUCGUCGGGGGCCGCGCCGUCAGCAUCCCGACACACAUCUCGCAAGCAUUGAAGCAUGUACGCGCCGUCUUCUACCCAACCAUCUCGCAGCGCUUCCAGCGAACGCCGGCCAGGCGGCCGCAUGGUGCGCCCCGGUGGCUAAGGCAACUCUUCGGCUUGAGCACGAACAAGGAUGGUGUUGAUGUUGACCGACCGAGGGCCCUGCGAGUAUGGGUCGAUCUUCUCUGCGUCAACCAGCACGACGACUUUGAGAAGUCGAAGCAGCUCGUCGAGAUGAGGCAGAUAUACAGCUCGGCCGAGCUCGUGGUCGGCUGGCUGGGCGAGAAGACGGAGCAUACCGAUGUCGCGAUGGCGACUUUGGCUGAGAUCGAGGAUGCCAUGCCGGCUCACUGGGGAGACCCUGGUGACCGGGAGAAGCACCCGCAGGAUUACUCACCAACGCACAGGUGGGCAGCAUCGAUAACGCACAUAUGGGCCGAGGGAGCCGGCGGCGAGAUACCGUUCUUGAUGCCGCACUGGGUCGGCUGCAACGACUUCAUGACCCGGCAGUACUUUCAGCGCCGCUGGAUCCUAGAGGAGCUCGCCCUAUCUCGCUUCCCGACUUUCCUGAUUGGCGACACUGUUGUGCCGUGGAAGCAGGUGCUUCGGCUGAACCGAAUGAUGGAGGAGUUCAAGUAUCAUCCUUCCGAUGUGUUCCCUCCGCAUCUGAGUGCCAUGAUUGCUGAUUUGCCCUUGGAAACGGCUCAUAAACUGCUCGACGAGUUCGCGAAACGGGAAGCGUUGGAGGAAGCCAAGAUCCUCCGCGAGACCGGGCGUAGGGCCGAAUCCACCUCGACGCGGGAUACUGAAUAGGGCGUUGAUUGGCCGCAGUGAUUCUAUGAAACUGGACGGGGUCAGCGAGCCUUGAAGCUCCCGUGGUGUUUGAGUAAGGGGGGCGUUUCCAAUGUCCGGUGCUUCAGCGUUGCAGUGACGAGUAUACCCAAAAUUAGUUAUUUCUUUAGCAAUACAUGGAAUUCAUCUCAGAAAUGACGUCGGACGAGCCAACCGGCCAUUACCCGUUAUCCAUUGUUUCAAUCAGGGAACCGUCGCACGCCA